UCCGACUAUUAGCUCAGGAAAUUUCACAUGCCGCCAAGCAAAGCAAAGGCUCCUGUAACGGGAAACCGCCACGCUCCUUACUCUAACGGCCACCGACCAGAGCAUUCAGCAGGGUAUGCCUCGUCGACCCGUUCGGCAGAAGGCCGACCAGCGCCGCAAACCAAGAAACACAAAAGACCAAGCACUGGCAUGUCUUCCGGUCAAGCUGCUAUUGCAGACUUGGGACUAAUGGAAGGAGAGCCGGGGUCAAGGGGGCCAGCACCUGCGCGCAACAUACUAUGUCCUUUUGCGAGUUGGUCGCUGUACUUUCCUGCUGAAACAUAUGUAGAGGGCCACGACCUUGUGCCCAUCAUUCAGGGAUUCAUGCAAUAUUUUGAUCGAAUCUUCACAUCGGAAGGAGCAGCACAUGAUCAACAUAUAGGAGAACUUCUGUAUAAUCAGCGAUGCGUGAUAUCGGUCGAUUUUUGUCACCUCAAGGCAAGCUGCUCAGUGCCUGAGCUAGAAGGCCGCGUACGGAUGCAGCCGAGUGAGACUUUGGCCUGCAUGAGUUUGGCAGCGAGUGAAGUUAUUGAAAACACUCGAAAAAGGAUGGGUAUCGACAAGGUCAAUUCUACACAAGGACUAGGCUUCAAACGCACAGUCCGACUGGUGAAUCUUGAUGAGAUUACACCAUUGAAGGAUCUCAAAGCAAACCUUAUGAAUCGAUACAUCAGUAUACGAGGAACAGUGGUGCGGAUAUCGACAGUCAAACCCGUUCUCAGCGAAAUGUCUUUUAUCUGCAGUCACUGCGAUGAAAUUCAAACGGUGAAGUUCAUGGAUGGACAGUACAAAACACCUUCCAAAUGUGUCCGGUAUGGAUGUCAGAGCCGCAAGUUUACUCCUGAGCGGGGCCCUGAAAAUGCCGUAUCGGUUGAUUGGCAGCGUAUUCGACUCCAAGAAAAACUGGCUGAUAACCAGAUAGAUUCUGGAAGAAUUCCACGCACUGUCGAAUGCGAAUUAACUGAGGAUUUGGUUGAUUUGGUAGUCCCCGGAGAUGUUGUUUGCGUUUCAGGCAUAGUCAAAGUACUGGCCUCUGAUGAAGAAAAGGGAAAAGGUCGAGCAACUCAAAUGUACAGCUUGUAUAUUGCGGCAAAUUCUUUAGUGAAGGCUGGAGGUGGCAGCGGCAACAGCAUGACAGACGAUUCAUCAGUAAAUGACGAUGAUGGCGCAAAGACAUUCACCAAGGACAAUAUCCGCUUCUCAAAAAAAGAACUUUACGGUGUACAGGAGAUUUGGGGGAGUAAAGAUGUGUUCAAGUUGUUAGUGAACUCUCUGUGUCCGGCAAUAUUUGGUCACGAGAUGGUGAAAGCUGGGCUCCUGUUGACGUUGUUAGGUGGGCGACAACGUGGAGAUGUGGAAUCAUUAGAGGUGACCAUUAGAUCAGAUCCACAUAUUUUGAUUGUAGGUGACCCGGGUUUGGGAAAGUCUCAAAUGCUCUCCUCAGUAUGCAAGGUCGCACCUCGUGGGGUGUACGUCUGCGGAAAUGCAACGACCACAAGCGGUCUGACGGUCACAAUGGUGAAAGAUAGCGAAACGGGGGAAACGGCUCUGGAAGCAGGUGCUUUAGUACUUGGAGAUCAAGGAAUCUGUUGUAUCGACGAGUUUGACAAAAUGACCGAACAUCAAGCGCUGCUGGAAGCUAUGGAGCAACAGUCUAUCAGCAUUGCAAAGGCAGGAAUUGUAUGCACCUUACCAGCUAGGACAAGUGUAAUUGCUGCCGCUAAUCCGGUUGGCGGUCACUACAACAAGGCUAAAACAGUUUCUGAGAACCUGCGUAUGAACAGUGCCUUGCUUUCACGUUUCGAUCUGGUUUUCAUUCUCCUUGACCGACCGGAUGAGGAGAUGGAUAUGUUCCUAUCAGAGCACAUCAUAAAGCUACAUUCUGGAACUAUAAAGACGGAACAGUCAGACGGCAUCAAGAAGUAUGCAUCAACAAUGAGCGCUGCGGGGGAAGGUCAUGAAGAGUCCCAACACGACGAUCGGCCUUUAUCUGAGCGACUGAAAGUUGGUCAAAUGGAUGAAAUCGACCCUAUACCGUUUCCACUAUUGCGAAAGUAUCUAGCCUACGCUCGGCGAUAUGUACAGCCCGUUCUCACAUUCGAAGCGGCUAGUGUUCUUCAAUCGUUUUAUCUUACUCUCCGAAGCAAAUACCGCUCCAUAGAUGCCACACCAAUCACCACACGUCAACUUGAAUCUAUGAUCCGCCUAUCAGAAGCUCGUGCCCGUGCUGCUCUCCGUGACCGCGUAACGGUUCAGGAUGCACAAGAUGUGGUUGAAAUUAUGAAGUUUAGUUUAUGGGAUACGUAUCAGGAUGAGAUGGGGGGACUGGAUUUUGAUAGAUCUCAACAUGGCACCGGGAUGAGUAAAAAGGGUGAACCAAAAAGAUUUGUCGCAAGGAUACACCAAAUCGCUCAACACAGCGGUAAUAACCGAUUCACGUACGAAAAUCUCCACCAAGUAGCUCAAGAAAUGCGUCUCAACUACGAUAAUUUCCAAACGCUAAUAGAGACAUUGAAUAAUCAAGGGUACUUGCUAAAGAAGGGAUACAGAAUCUACCAAUUGGCGACCAUGUAAGGGUGUAAUUUGCGAACGAGAAUGAAUUGUAAAUAGUGUUCAAUUGUUCAAUUUCAUGAUAUCAUGUAAUGUUUCCUGUAAAAUACAAGUGCUUCGGCUGAUUAUGGACUCA